CUCAGCUCGAGCUUAGCUACAUAGCCUGGGCCUCCUCCGUCCUUCUCUCUCUUUCUCUCAACGGAUCGGAGCACCAAUUUCUCCUCCUGAUCUAGCUAGAGAGGGAAGGGAAGAGAUCGAGGAGGCCGGGUCAGUUUCAGCAAUGGGGAGGGCCUUAUUCUUGUCGCUGCUUUGGGUCGCCAUGUUGAGUGCUUCUCGCGUGGUGCAAGCUCUUCCUUACGACUACUCGUCGAGCUCUGAGUGCUUGCCGGAGCCGCUGGAGCCUCACUACGGCGGCGGCAUCAUCCGGAACGCCGACUUCAGCGCCGGCCUCCAGGGGUGGUCGGCGUUCGGUUACGGCGUCGUCGAGGAAGGCGCGUCGGCGAGCGGCAACAGGUACGCCGUGGCGCGGAACCGGACGCGGCCGUACCAGAGCGUCAGCCAGAAGGUGUACCUGCAGAACGACACGCACUACACUCUGACAGCUUGGUUGCAGGUCAGUAAUGGCAGCGCCGACAUCACAGCCGUCGUGAAGACCAACGGCGAGUUCAUCCACGCCGGCGGCGUCGAAGCGCGGUCCGGGUGCUGGUCCAUUCUCAAAGGCGGCUUCACCGCCCCCGCCGCCGGGCCGGCAGAACUCUACUUCGAGAGCAACGCGACGGGGGAGAAGGUGAUGGUGGACAACGUCUCGCUGCAGCCCUUCUCCCAGGAAGAGUGGGCGGCGCACCACCACGCCGCCAUCAAGUCGGCGCGCAAGAAGACGGUGCGGCUCCGCGCCCGGGACUCCGCUGGCAAGCCCGUGCCCGGCGCGCAGGUGCGCAUCGAGCACGUCCGGAGCGGCUUCCCGCUGGGUUCCGCCAUGAGCGCCGAGAUCCUGCACAACCCGGCGUACCAGCAGUGGUUCACGUCGCGGUUCACGGUGACCACCUUCGAGAACGAGAUGAAGUGGUACAGCACGGAGCCCGUCCAGGGCAGCGAGGACUACUCCGUCCCGGACGCGAUGCUCCGGUUCGCCAGGAGCCACGGCAUCCGCGUGCGCGGGCACAACAUCUUCUGGGACCAGCCGAGCCAGCAGCCGGCGUGGGUGCAGUCGCUGCCGUACCAGCAGCUCCGGCAGGCGACGGCGCGGCGGAUCAAGUCGGUGAUGUCGCGGUACGCCGGGCAGGUGAUCGCGUGGGACGUGGUGAACGAGAACCUCCACUUCAACUUCUUCGAGGGCAGGUUCGGGGGCGACGCGUCGGCGGCCUUCUACCGGCAGGCGCACCAGAUGGACGGCGGCGCGCUCAUGUCCAUGAACGAGUUCAACACGCUGGAGCAGCCGGGCGACCCGAACGCGGUGCCCGGCAAGUACCUCGGCAAGCUGUUCCAGAUCAAGAAGUUCCCCGGCAACACCAACGACGGCAGGAUGGCCAUCGGCCUCGAGGGCCACUUCACCACCCCCAACAUCCCCUACAUCCGCGCCGCGCUCGACACCAUGUCCGGGGCCGGCGUGCCCAUCUGGCUCACCGAGAUCGACGUCGCGCCGGGGCCCAACCAGGCGGCCAACCUCGAGAAGAUCCUCCGGGAGGUGUACGCCCACCCGGCCGUGCACGGGAUCAUCCUCUGGACGGCGUGGCACCAGCGCGGGUGCUACGUCAUGUGCCUCACCGACAACAACUUCGGGAACCUCCCCACCGGCGACGUCGUCGACAAGCUGAUCAGGGAGUGGCAGACGCGCGCGCACGCCGGCGUGGCGGACGCCGACGGCUACUACGAGGCGGAGCUGUUCCACGGGGACUACAAGGUCACCGUCAGCCACCCGGUGGCGAACGCCACCGUGGUGCAGAGCCUGACCGUCGACAGGGAGACCACCGACGCCGAGAACGAGUACACCAUACACGUCUAGCAGCUUAUUAGCUCUCCUAUAGUACUAGUACUACGCAUACACAUGUGCAUCAUUGUGGGGUCUUCUAGUAGGUUCUAGAGCAUUGUGGUUUGUGAUGUCGUCAGUCUGUCAUAUACACACAUACGCGCCCGAGAGAUAGAAUUCCUGGUGAGGCGAUCUGUCAGAUGUUCAUAUAUUAAACAGAAAAGGAAUUCGAUUGGUUUUUCAGAUACA